AUGGCGACCUUUGUUGACUACUACGCCGUCCUUGGCAUCGAGCCUAGCGCAAACCUCAACGAGAUCAAGAAGGCAUACCGUCAGCUCGCCCUCAAGCACCACCCCGACAAGGCAGCACCAGGGAGCAAGCCCGACUCGAGCAAGUUCAUCAGCGCCUUGGCUGCUUACGAAGUCCUGGUAGAUGAUUCCAAGCGCAAGGCGUACGAUGUUCAGUACAACAAGGCCUCCAACGGCACGGCUACCUAUUCAGCGACCCGUGCGACACAACACCGAAAGCGAAAGGCAAGCGGCGGAUUUAGCGGAGGGUUCUGGUCUCAUCCGGCGCGCGAUGGAGAUGGCAUCAACGUCCCCGGCGCCUAUCCUUCGGAGGAUGAGGCGAGUGAGUCUGACUAUCAAUACGAGGAAACAGACGCAUACGAAUAUGCAUGUGGCGACGGGGAACGCUACUUCCAUUCCUGUUGCACUGGAGAGUCCAGCUUUGACAACACUAGCCUCUACUCUGAGGGGUCUGACGCAACGGACAACCGAUCCCAGUCCCCUCACGACCUUACAGAGGACGUCUCUCCCGCCCAAGGCUGCGGCAGCGAGUCGGGAGCCGAGACUGAGCUCCGCCGCGGCGACGAGAAGAAAGCCUCGAGCAUUGCUGACCCCAUCAGCGGGGCUUUUGACAUUCUGGAGGACAUUCUAGAAUCGCAGUACCUGGGGGACAAGGUCAAGGGCCGCUAUUAUGACAACGCUCUAGACGAACUUCGCCUGCAGAAGGGCCGGUGCAAAGAAAUCGACAACAAGCUCGAUGAUAUCGAUGCUCGAAUGCGCCGCCGCGUCGGCGACAUGCCCGCUGGCAGCAUCCCCCUCCAAGAAUUUGAUAACUCCCUCAAGCGGAGAAUCAUUGCUGCUCAUCGCACCGUCAGCGCCGCUCAGCUGGAGGUCGAGCGAGCAAUCUUCAUCAUGCGCCACGAGAAGAAGCCCGGAUCCUGGAAGGCCAAUGACAAGACGACGCGUGGCGUUAUCAGUACGAUCGAGAAGAGCGCCGAUGUCUUAUCGCAGAUGAGGCAGGGGCUGACCGGCCUGGAAUAUAUCAUGGUCAAGAUGGAGGGAUGGGCCAAUUCGGACCUGAGGCAGCUCAAGGGCUGUUUGUUUAGCUUCAUGUCUGACCUGCGCGACUGGAGCGAGGAGAUUGCCUCGCGCACAUGA